AUGUUAUUCAUGCAUUUUUUUGCUAUAUUGCGUUUUACUUACUAAGAAUCUUAGCUCGGCGAAAAAUUUUGCGGGCAGCGCAUGACAAAGUGACCCAUUGUAAAGUCAAUGCGGUGUUCCGUAUGGCGCAGUACUGCCGCCGGCAAAAAUAAAACAUGUGUAAUGGACGCAGCGCCUAAAUAACACUUGCUGUGCGAAAUACACUGAGUGGUCAGUUGUAACCCUCCAGUGCCUUGCUAGUGCGCGUGGAAUAGGCGCCUCGAGCACCUGUAUAGAACGAGAAUAUGGCUACCAUGAAUAUCCACACGGUGCUGACUCUAUUUUUCGCCACUGUCGCCUGCGAAGCAUCCGCAAUUAAAGGACUUGGCACAGGAUGGCAAACAGGAAUUCCCGUAAUGACAGAUACGCAAGGAAAUACGUCACCACCCGACAUAAGCAGGCCAGCGCUCCCCAUCCUGCCUUCAACGCAAUCUGCAGCUUCUGAUGCAGGAGCCAAUCUUCCUCCAAUGCCGAUUGCACAAGCACCAGCAACUUCCUUACCAAGAAAAUCAGAAGGAUUGGGUAUACCAAUAUCCACGAGCCCGAAAGAGGAGACGCCAGGUUUAGCAGUCUUCUCAAUGCUAGCUAGGAUACCUGGAUACGAUGAACGAUGCAAUAUGCAAGCACCAACGGCGAAAGCAAGAUGUCAAAGCAAGCCGGGCGGAAAGAGACGGCAUAGAAGAUGGUACCUCGAUCCGACGAGUAAAAAGUGCCUAGCGAGCUGUGACAAAAAAGCACCCUUCCGAUACAAAAUGCAUUGCGACGCAAUCUGCCGAACUGAAAAAGCUUGCCAUUUUUCAGCAACUGGCUUUCCCUGUGUAAUUAAGUCUUUGCAUCCAGUAUUCAUUUACAAUCAGACCCAGAUGAAAUGUGUGAAAGGGAUUUGGCUGCGAUUACUACGGAAACAAAUUCGUUACUUUAAGGGAAUGUGAGAAAGACAUGCGUAAAAGGAUUACAACAAGCGCAAAAGCAAGUAACAAUUGCCGCUGGGAUGAGCAACGAACCUUCUAACCAAAUACCAACUUCUGUCCCACCUAAUCAUGAUCUACCGGCUCCACCACUACUGGGUGCAUCUUUUGGCCAAGUUAUUACAGGAAAUCAAGUCGCAGCUGGCUCCGCACAAAACCAAGUGACAAUUGGAGGGAGCACCUCUCAGGCAUCAGUUCAAGGACCCAGUUCUGAUUUAGGUAUCAGUAUUCAGCAAAGCUCGACUAGUACUGGUGGAACCCCUGUGGAAUCGACACUGAGUUCCACACAGUCAAGCUCCCAGGCCUCCGUGCAUUCGCAGAGUGCUAUGUCAACUUCGGGUCAGCAACAAACACAAACUCCUGCGGCCGUCCCUUCUGGGCCAGCGAUUCAAGUUACCCAGGUAGUCACAGAGGGGACGCAACAAACAGCAGGUGGCGCCGAGGCCAGCUCCCAGGCCGCUUUGCAGACGCGGACUUCAAUUUCAACUCAGGGUCAGCAACCAGCUCAAACACCUACCGCUGUUCCUCCUGGGCCCGGGCCUCAAGUUCCACAAGUAGACACAGGCGGCUUCCCACCACAAUCAACAACCGGAGCGGGAGCGACCUCCCAAGUCUCGACGCAGACGCAGAAUUCACUUUCAAUCGUAAGCCAGCAACAAAGGCAGCGACCGUCAGGUGUUGCUACAAAACCAGGUCUUCAAGGCCACCAAAUACUAAAGGAGAAACCUUCAUCGAGUGCUGCAACAAGUGCGCCCCAAACCACCAGCCAGGGUUCAAGUUCUGGUUCACCGGUGAGGCAUGAACAGGUGUCGAGAGGAUCCGGUAUACAGAUUAGCUCAGAGCUUGAAAUCGUUGCAGCAGGAACGGGCCCAAGGCGAAAUCAAGUGACAACUGAAUCAAGGCCCUCCGACACCUCCGAAGAAUCACUGUCUCUUGAUUUAGGCCUGGGUGGUCCUAGACGUCCAUUGAAUAUAGGUGCAACGAGCGUCUCCAGAACACCAAACCAUGUAAGGAAUUUUGGUUUACCACCACGCCUUGGACCAGUCUCGCCCCAGUCCGGCGCACUUGUCCGCCCAGAACUUGAAAUAGUCGGAGUAGGAUCAGGCCGAAUGCGAAGACCUCCAUCAGGCCCACGAGCAAAUGGACGAACUACAGGAACAGGCCUCACCAGUAUCUCGGGCAAGCCAGUCAAUUUAGGUGUAGGUGUAGCUCCUCCGCGAGUUCCAUCGACUAGUGGCCAAUCUGAGAAUCAGCCUGGGGGGACAAGAGUGUCCCACAUUCCCGGCGAAACGCCCGGUGCAGGCCUAGUUGCGGGACAACGACAACCUGCAUCGCCUGUAGGUGCCCCUAUUGUUCCAGGACUUGAAGUACCCGGAGCCGCAACAUCACGAGGCCCGACAAUCUCCUCAGGAACCAAUGCACUAAUCACUGGCAGUACACCAAUCCCCGGAAUACAUCAUCCUGGCCUCAGUCUUCAACCUGGCCUAGGUGGUUCGGAAACAACUGGCACCAGUAAAGAAGGACCCGUAAAGACUGGUACAAUCGGCCCCCAAGCACCGAGUGUCCCGCUCCGUGCAGUCGCACCUAUGCUUCAGAAGCCAAGCUUUCCACUUACGCCACCUCUAAACCAAAGCCUUCUACAGCAAACACCAACGACUCAAAAAAUAGGGAUAAGUGAAGAAGGGCCCGUAAAGACUGGUACCAUCGGCCCCCAAGCACCGAGUUUUCCAGUCCUUCCCGUCGCCCCUGUGCUUCAGACGCCAAGCCUACCACUUACGCCGCCUCUAAACCAAAAUCGUCUGCAGAAACGACCACCGACUCAAAAAAUAGGAACAAGUAAAGAAGGACCCGUAAAGACUGGUACCAGUGGCCCCCAAGCACCGAGUGUCCCGCUCCAUUCCUUCGCACCUAUGCCUCAGAAACCAAGCUUGCCACUUACGCCGCCUCUAAACCAAAAUCUUCUACAGCAACGACCAACGACUCAAAAAAUAGGGAUAAGUCAUGAAGGACCCGUGAAGAGUGGUACCAUCGGCCCCCAAGCACCCAGUUUUCCAGUCCUUCCCGUCGCCCCUGUGCUUCAGACGCCAAGCCUGCCACUUACGCCACCACUGAACCAACAUCUUCUACAGAAACCACAGGUGACACAAAAAAUAGCGACAAGUGAAGAAGGGCUAGUAAAGACUGCUACCAAAGGCCCCCAAACACCGAGCCUCCCGGUCCAUCCCGUCGCACCUGUGCCUCAGAAGCCAAGCUUACCACCUACGCCGCCUCUCAGCCAAACUCUUCUGCAGCAACGACCAACAACUCAAAAAGGAGGCACAAGGGAAGAAGGUGCUGUAAAAACUGGUACCAGCGGCCCCCUAGUACCCAGCCUUCCGGUCAGUCCAGUCGCACCUGUGCUUCCGAAACCAAACCUGCCAGCUGUCCCACCUCUAAACCAAAUUGUUAUACAGAAGCGACCAACAAAGCAAAAAAUAGGCUAG